CAGUUUCAAUCUAAUUAAUUUGAUGUUGGCUGCCGGCUUGCUGUGUAUUGCUUAUAUUACAUUUAGGAAAAAGAAAGAUGACUGGUGUGAAGCUCUUAGUAAGAACAUAGUGGCUACUGAUGUAGGUGAUGACAACAAGGUCCAAAAUGACCUGCAGGAGAAGAAAAGGUUUUUGGAAGUUUAUCCUCAGGUGAAACUGGAGCUUGAGCAGCAGAUCGGGAAGCUGCGCGCCCUUGCAGACAAGAUUGACAAGGUGCACAGGGACUGCACCAUCACACAAGUGGUGGCCAAAUCUACCGGUGCUGUGUCCGGAGUCCUGACCAUCCUUGGUCUCGCUCUGGCACCUGUGACAGCAGGAGUCAGUCUGGGACUUUCAGCCACAGGCUUGGGGCUGGGGGCGGCAGCAGCAGUGACUACUGUUUCUACAAGCCUUGUGGAAAAGGUCAUCACGGCGAAAGAGGAAGCUAAAGCCAGCCAGCUGGUGCCAACCAGCAAGAACCAAGAGGAGGUCAUUAAAGAAGUUGUGGAGGAGAGUACACCUAAGAUUGUUUCUGUAUAUAAGAAUUGCUUCCAGAACCUGGAAGACAUCAAGAAGAACAUUGAUGCCAUCAAGCUGGCCAAAGCUAACUCUCACCUAAAAACUAAUGCCAAGCAUCUCAUGACCACAGGGAGGGUGUCAGCCCAAAACACUAAAAAGGUAGAGAAAGCCUUUGGAGGCACAGCUCUGGCAAUGUCCAAAGAAGCCCGGAUCAUGGGUGCAGCCACCACAGGUCUCUCCAUCCUGAUGGAUGUGGUCAGCCUUGUGCAAGACUCAAAGCAUUUGUACGAGGGUGCGAAGACAGAGUCCGCUGCAGAGCUAAGGCAGAAGGCUCAGGACCUGGAGCAGAUGUUGCAGGAGCUCAUCCGGGUCCAUGACAGCCUGACAAAGUGACCUCUUCUUCAGUGCAGCUCAGAGGACUGGGGAUGGGGGAUGCUCUAGACACCUGAUAGCCCCUGUCUGUAUCCCCUCUACAGCAACGUCACCAUGGUGGAAGUGCCUGCUAGAGGGGGAGGCCACGUUAAGAGAAAGGAAGUCAGAACACAGAUGGGACAGGAUUGGGACCUCCCAAUAGACUUCACUUCUUAGAUCCAACAACCUCCCAACAUCCUACAUGAGGACCAAGCUCCCAAGCUGUGGUGCACAUCUAAGGUCUGACUUAGCCUCAGCAUGGCUGCUCCUCAGUCAUGCCCACCACACUGCUCCUAGCUGGGGCUCACCAUCCUCACUGUCCUCGGAGCUGCCAACUUUCAUACUGCUUUCUGAUUGGUUGCAUAGAGGCCUUAUUCUCCUUCCUAGAUCUGCCUAAUUCUUUGUUUUUCCAAGUAUUUCCAAGUCCUGCAAUCAGACUCUGGAAGGAACACCAUUUAUUUGUUCAUGAUU